GAUAUUUUUCGUCGUUUCCAAAGGGUUUGUUUUUCAAAAAUAUAAAUAAAACAUAUUCUAAAUAAUUAGUGAAAAUAGGGAGAGGAAAAAAAAAAAAGAAUGUCAGUUGGAGAAUCCAAUGGAGUUUCAAUGCUGCAAAACCUGGGAUCACCAUCACCCUUUGCUGCUACCGAUGGUAGUACAACAACGUACAACCCUUUAAUGCAGCCAAUUCCCACCUCAACUUCACCAACACCGUCUUACAUAAACCCUAGCUCAGUUAAACGGCCACGUGGAAGACCUAGAAAGCAUUCUCUAGAAGGUUCCGCCAACCAUGGGAUAAUUUCUCCUCCGCCGCCUCAGGGAGCUGACGUGGCAGCGGUGAAAAAGGGGAGGGGGAGGCCACGUGGCUCUGGGCGAAAGCAACAAGUAGCUUAUUUAGGUAAUAUAUAUGGAUCAGAAGCAGCAGGGUUUGGAUUUAGACCGCACGUUAUCACAAUAAAAGCUGGGGAGGAUGUAUUGGCAAAACUGAUGUCAUUCUCCCAAAGUACCUCACAAGCGGUGUGCGUUUUGUCAGCCAAUGGUUCCAUAUCUAAUGUAUCACUUUGGCAAGCAGCAACAUCAGGUGGCACUGUAACAUAUGAGGGACGGUUCGAGAUCCUAACUCUGUCUGGUUCCUUUCUUCUCUCGGAAUCUGGGGGUCAACGCAGCAGAACAGGUGGUUUGAGUGUGUCACUAGCUGGACCAGAUGGUCGAGUUUUGGGUGGCGGUGUGGCAGGGCUCCUUACAGCAGCAGCUUCUGUUCAGGUUAUUGUUGGUAGCUUCAGGACGGAAGGUCAGAGGCAGCUGAAGUCAGGGAAUUCAGACGCCUUUGGUACACCAGCAACAUUUGUCUCUGGAGCAUCAGCAGCCAGAAGUCCUCCAUCCCUCGGAACCCUAAGUGAGUCCAGCGGCGGUCCUGUCAGCGCUCAUAAUCAGCUUGUUGAAACUUCGAAUAGUAGUCCUUCUGGAGUAGCUAACUUGCCCUGGAGAUGAGAGAAUUAUGUUCGUAUGUUCCCAGAAUUCGUGUUGAUAAUCCGUGCCCCCAAGCUUAGAAAGCUGUGUAAUCUGUUUAUUUAGUACUCCCUCAGUCUCAAUAUACUUGUCGUCCUUAGUAAAAGUAUUUGUCUCAAAAUACUUGUCAAUUUAAUAAAUUAAGAUAAAAUUAAAUAGCUUUUUCCACCCUUUGUAUCAAUUAAUCCUACAACAUUUAUGAUUGGUGGA